AUGGUCGCAUCGCUGUCGGAACCGCGUACGACCGCAGACAAGUCGCUCGACCAACCAGAGCACGAGCUGAACCCGCUGGUGUUUGUAGGCCAGCGGGACGUCGCGGAGAAGGACGAUACGAAGCAGAAGCAGACAGCGGCCGAAGCGUUUCAGAGCGACAUGUCCGUGUACAAGCGCAAGGAGCUGCGCGGAGAGCUCCAACCCGAGCCGUUCCUCGUGCCGAACCCGAACCGCUUCGUGCUCUUCCCGAUCCACGAGCACGACGUGUGGCAGAUGUACAAGAAGGCAGAAGCCUCGUUCUGGACGGCAGAGGAGCUCGACUUGGUGCACGACCUCAAGGACUGGGUGGCCCUCACGGCCAACGAGCGGCACUUUAUCAAGCACGUGCUCGCGUUCUUUGCCGCCAGCGACGGCAUUGUCAAUGAGAACUUGGCCAUGAACUUUAGCAACGAAGUGCAAGUGCCCGAAGCUCGGUGCUUUUACGGCUUCCAGAUCGCGAUCGAGAACAUCCACUCGGAGGUCUAUUCGCUGCUCAUUGACACGUACAUUAAAGACCCGACGGAGAAGGACCAUCUGCUGCGGGCCAUUGAGACCAUUCCGUGUGUUCGGAAGAAAGCCAACUGGGCGCUCAAGUGGUGCGACCCGCGCGUGUCGUCGUACGCCGAGCGGCUGCUGGCGUUCGCCUCGGUCGAAGGCAUUUUCUUCUCGGGCUCCUUUUGCUCGAUCUUCUGGCUCAAGAAGCGCGGGCUCAUGCCGGGCCUCAGCUUCUCGAACGAGCUCAUUAGUCGCGACGAGGGCAUGCACACGGACUUUGCUUGCCUCAUGUACUCCAAGCUGGUGAACAAGCUGCCAGAGGACCGCGUGCACACGAUCGUUCGCGACGCCGUGGCGAUCGAGCACGAGUUUGUGCGGGACUCGCUGCCCGUGGAGUUGAUUGGCAUGAACUCGGCGCUCAUGUGCCAGUACAUUGAGUUCGUGGCCGACCGCCUGCUGUACUCGCUCGGCGUGUCGAAGCUGUACCAUGCCAAGAACCCGUUCGACUGGAUGGACAUGAUCUCGCUCCAGGGCAAGACCAACUUUUUCGAGAAGCGCGUGGGCGAGUACUCCAAGGCUGGAGUCGGCGUCGCGGCGGAGGACCAGGUGUUCACUCUUGACGCGGACUUUUGA